GCUUAUUCGAGAAAAAUAUUUUUCAUGGCCCAGGGUCAUCCUAUAUAUUUUGUGUCCGCCUCCAUUUUCCUUUUGAGACGUGUUUGACUGGAAGCGAAAAGUGCUGAGGAGCCAGUACUUGAUAGCGCAGGCUCUGGAACAUUUAUCACUGAAGUUUUCUUAAAGCUUAUGGGACGUCUCUAGUCUAGGAUGCACAAAGGAAGUGAGGCUGCAGUCCUAUUACACUCAGGAGCCAACCUUAUCCAGCACACCUGACGGAUUUCUGAGUAAACAUAAUAGGAUUGGAUUGCAGUUUGCGUGUGUUUAUCGAAAGACAGUACAGUAUUACUAAAUUCAGCGAAGCUUAACUGUUUAGUAAGGCUGCAAGUGAACUAAGCACACUUACGUAAAAAGUAAAUUAUGGAAAUUAAUGGGACCUGCUUCUGAAUAAGCAUGCGUGGGAUUAGGCUACAAUACACUUAAAAUGCACGAUUCAGAAAUAAGCCUCAUUGAGUUCCGUGGAAUCUACCUGAAGGAAGAUGUGGAAACGGGAGUUCACCUUGAUCCAACUACAAAGGAAGUUCAGUUCAACCCAACCUAUGACACCAUGUUUGCACCUGAGUUUGGGCCGGUGAAUCCAUUUAGGACUCAGCAGAUGGCUGCACCUAGGAAUAUGCUUUCUGGAUAUACAGAACCAGCACACAUUAAUGAUUUCAUGUUUGAACAACAGAGAAGAACAUUUGCAACCUAUGGAUAUGCUUUGGAUCCCUCAAUAGAUAAUUAUGAAGUUCCUACUAAAUAUAUUGGUUCUGUUGAAGAAGCUGAAAAGAAUCAAGGUCUGACUGUGUUUGAAACAGGACAAAAGAAAAUGGAGAAACGGAAGAAAUUCAAAGAGAAUGAUGCAUCUAACAUUGAUGGCUUCUUGGGACCGUGGGCAAAAUACGUUGAUGAAAAGGAUGUUGCAAAACCUUCAGAAGAAGAACAGAGGGAACUGGAUGAAAUAACAGCAAAGAGACAAAAGAAAGGCAAACAUGAAGAUGAUAAGCCUGGAGAAGAGAAGACUAUUUUGCAUGUCAAAGACAUGUAUGACUAUCAAGGGAGAUCCUAUCUUCAUGUUCCUCAGGAUGUUGGGGUUAACCUACGUUCAACAGUACCCCCUGAGAAAUGCUACCUUCCUAAGAAACAGAUCCAUGUAUGGUCUGGUCAUACAAAGGGAGUCAGCGCUGUCAGACUGUUUCCUCUUUCUGGCCACUUGCUGUUGUCUUCUUCCAUGGACUGUAAAAUUAAGCUCUGGGAAGUAUAUGGUGAACGAAGAUGCUUAAGAACUUUCAUUGGGCACAGUAAAGCUGUUAGAGAUAUAUGCUUUAACAAUGCUGGGACUCAGUUUCUCAGUGCUGCAUAUGAUCGGUAUCUUAAACUCUGGGACACGGAGACAGGACAGUGUAUUUCAAGAUUCACAAACAGAAAAGUUCCCUACUGUGUCAAAUUCAAUCCAGAUGAAGAUAAGCAAAAUCUUUUUGUAGCAGGAAUGUCAGAUAAGAAAAUUGUACAGUGGGAUAUUCGAAGUGGAGAAAUUGUUCAGGAGUAUGAUAGGCAUUUAGGUGCUGUUAACACCAUUGUUUUCGUGGAUGAGAAUAGAAGAUUUGUGAGUACAUCUGACGACAAGAGUUUAAGAGUCUGGGAAUGGGACAUACCAGUAGAUUUCAAAUACAUAGCAGAACCAAGUAUGCACUCAAUGCCAGCAGUGACUUUGUCUCCAAAUGGGAAGUGGCUGGCUUGUCAAUCGAUGGACAACCAGAUUUUGAUUUUUGGAGCGCAAAACAGAUUCAGGCUAAAUAAAAAGAAAAUAUUCAAGGGCCAUAUGGUGGCUGGGUAUGCUUGCCAAGUAGAUUUUUCACCUGACAUGAGCUAUGUGAUAUCAGGUGAUGCAGAUGGAAAACUGAACAUCUGGGACUGGAAGACAACAAAACUAUACAGUCGAUUAAAAGCCCAUGACAAAGUCUGUAUAGGUGCCGUUUGGCACCCACAUGAGACAUCCAAGGUAAUCACUUGUGGAUGGGAUGGUCUUAUUAAGCUGUGGGACUGAAGGCCAUACUGGAGAACUCUAAACUUCUCAUCACUUGGUGAACACCUGAGAUUUUGGAACACCUAUUCUGCAACAAAGAUGACCUGCCAUCAGAAUAUAAAGAUGGGUUGCCUCAGGUAUUUCAGUAUUACAGUGCACAUAUACCAUAUGGGGAAUUCAGAAGACUUCAUCUGAAAUGUUUCCAAUCUCAAACUAUUAUAAGCUUAAAGUGACCAAAUGAAGUGGUCUAAAUGGAAUAUCAUUUGUAAGAUAUUUUAAAAUUAAAUUAAACUGAGAUUUGUGUCUAGCUUUGUGUUCAUGAAGCUGAAGUAUACACUUCAUAAGCUUCACUCUAUCCUCGAAAGUGCACAAUUUGGGAGAAAAAUGUUUUCAUUUCAGCAUUGUAAGAUGAUGCACCUGUUUAUAAAUACUGUUUGGCAGUACCCUCAAAUUUCCAAAUACAUUGGAUAUUUCUGAGUGUGUGUGUGUGUGUACAGUAUAAUAGAAGUUGUUAGAAUUGUUUUUGUAUUUUAACAGCAGUUGUUGGUCAUGUUGAAAUACACAAAGAUUUUAUAUGUGCAACACGGUUGUUGUUUCUUUGUGAGGGCAAUCCCCUCAAACCCAACAGCCCGGCUUGAAAAUAUGAAGGAAAGCCUAGUGCAGAGACCCAGAUAGGCAGAGGAUGUCUAUCUGUUGCUGUGUUUAGCUCCAGGAUGGUUUCCAUCAAGUCCUGGAUGUUUCUCUUCACCAUUAUCCAUUUUGUGGAACAGAUGGAUAUAGCUAAUGGGUUAGAUCAGAAAAAUGCUUACAAAAGGUGAUGAGCAUGAGGUACAUUUAAUAGCUCCUCCCACUACCAAAAGGCCUUUCCUGGGCGUUAGGGCAUGCUGCUGAGUGUGGUGGGCUGCAGCAUGUAAAUGGGGGCUAAAGCAGAAGUCACCAAAAAUUGGGUGGGGGCACCUUCUUUUUGCAGGAGCCCAAUAUUCAGCAAUCCACACUCUUCCUGUCAGCCCCCCACACCACAACCCAUUCCAUUCACCGAGGGACAGGCUGUUUGUGGUGAGAUGGGACAGGAAAUACACUUUAUGCUCCCUCACCUCCAGGUAUUUUUCUCAAUCCCAUUAUAUUUGCAGAUGCAUGGAUUUGGAUACAUGCUAUGGAUUUGGAUACAUGCUAAGAAACUCUUCAUUUUUAUCAUGACUCCUUUUUUAUAAUUAUUAUUGACAAGUCAGGUUUCUAUUCUUACUCAAAGAUUUUCUUUUUAUAAUGAAAUAAAUCCAAAGAAUAUUAUGUAUAUAUGUAUAGAAGACAGUUAAUGAGUAAUUCAUCAAAUGCUGUUUUAGCAUAGGCCCCAUUCAGCCAGUGGAGCUUGUGCAAUUAGUGAAUUACUGCCUUUGUGGAGAUGCUUCCAAGAGGUAGAACUGAAAGCACAUUGCAGCUUCAUUGCCAAGUGACCACCUAUGUCUUGUAAAUGGGCACUUUAAUAUCUAUUUUUAUUUCAUAGAAUUAUGUGUUUUGUGCUAAACUACUGUACAUAUGUCUCAAUCCUUUUUACAGAUCUUAUUUUUAAUAAAUGUUUUAUAUUAAAAGAUGGAUUCCAGCUUAGUGUAACAUCUCUAGCAUUGUCUGCAGGUGGCUGCUGCUGCUUCCUUCCUUUCUUUUUACUCUUUAUUUGGUAUUAAAGUUGUAACUGCCUAGUU